AUGUCCACGUCGAACCAAUUUCCAUCCCUCAAGCGGGCCCAGACGGACCUUCCCUCACAGUCCACCAGUCCAUUACGACACGGGUCGACAGCGUCUACGAACUCAUCUGCGUAUUCGGUCGCGUCAAGCUCGUUUGCUCCUAGUCGGACUAGCACUGUCUCUUCUCAUGGGUCGAUAUCAAACAAUUUGGGUCACUCCCGAGGGAAGAGUGAGGCAAGCAGCAUGAGCUCAGCAACGACUGUUACGGACGCGAUGGAACGAGGAAGUUGGUCAAAUGCUGGCACAGCGUACGACAAUAUUCGCCGAUCUCUACGGCCACUACAGCAAGUCCCUAAUAUUCCAUCCUCAACCGCGAAUACUGGCGGGUACCGACAUUCACGAAGCCAAACAAUCGAUGAAUCACGCCCAUGGAAGGACUAUCGACCCGCCACCCCCGAAUCGCGUCAUCUCCAUCUUAAAGAGAACCUGUCUCCGCGCCACCAAACACAAACCUACGAAUCCCAGAGCCCCCCACCGCCUAUCUCUCCUCGCCACUGGUCUAAUGUGUCCGGAACAUCGCGUCCUUCGUCUCCCCAAAAGACAGUGUCCCACAAUUCUCAUCCUCCGCAGCUUACUGCUGCACUCUCUGCACCCGAGCUUGAAACGUUGCAAAAAUCAUCCACGGGUCAUCUCAGAACUCUAUCAAAGUUUGCACAGUCCGGCGAAAACGAAUUUGGCGCAGCUGCAGCCUCUGUGGUGGGGUUGCAAGGCCGACGACGCCUUAAGCGAGCGGACUCGGUAGCAGGAAGGAAUGGCGCAGUAUCUCCCGAAAAGCCGAAGGCUUCCUCAUGGGCAGCCGGGAAUUGGAUGGACCAACAGCGACAAUUCAUCCAAGCAUACGAGUAUUUGUGCCAUAUCGGAGAAGCCAAACAGUGGAUUGAAGACGUGAUUCAAAAGCAAAUCCCGCCAAUCGUUCAGUUGGAGGAAGCACUGCGAGACGGUGUCACUUUGGCGGAGGUGGUGCAAGCAAUGUAUACGGGCAAAACCCUUCGUAUUUUCCGACACCCCAAGUUACAAUAUCGCCAUUCAGAUAACAUCGCCUUGUUUUUCCGAUUCCUUGAUGAGGUUGAGUUGCCAGAGUUGUUUCGAUUUGAACUCAUCGACUUGUAUGAAAAGAAAAACAUCCCCAAGGUCAUACAUUGCAUUCACGCGUUGUCAUGGUUGCUCUUCAAAAAUGGCAUGCUGGACUUCCGCAUGGGCAACUUAGUUGGUCAGCUUGAGUUUGAACACCACGAACUUGAGAAAACCCAAAAGGGACUGGACAAGGCCGGUGUGAGCAUGCCUAGCUUUGCAGGUAUGGCUGCAAACUUUGGCGCGGAGCCUGAACCUGAGCCCGUUGAAUCGGAGGAGGAUCGUAUUGAUCGAGAAAUGCACGAAAAUGAAGCCUCAAUCACCGAUUUCCAGGCUCAGGUCAGAGGAGCCAUGACGCGCCUACGACUUGGCAAUAUCAUGAAUGAUCUGUGGGAUUUUGAACCCCUCCUCAUUGAUCUACAGUCACGUCUGCUUGGGCUGCAGGCCAUUAGCCGAGGCUUCAUUGUACGCCGCAGUCAGCACAGCGACAAGCAAUGGCGAAAAUCCCAGGAAGCAGAUGUUUUGCAAUUCCAGAGUCUGAUCCGUGGGUCCAGGGCUCGCGCCCAGGCUAAUCACCUCCAAACUUGUGCACGACGAGAGGAGUCCGGCAUCAAGCAGAUCCAGGCCGCGAUAAGAGGUGCAUUGCAACGCACGAAUGUUGGGGACCAAUAUGAGCAGUCUCGAUAUGCUGAAGAUGAUGUAAAAUUACUUCAAGCAUUCAUCCGCGGUACCUUGCAACGGAAGAAGAUGGAUGCUCAUUCUCAAGACCUGAGACAAGCUGGCAGUUCCGUAAAGUCCCUCCAAGCAGCCAUCCGUGGUACCUUGCAACGAAGAGAGAUGAAUGCUCAGUCUCAAGAGGUGAAGCAGGUUGGCAGUUCUGUCAGGUCGCUUCAAGCAGCCAUCCGUGGUACGUUACAACGACGACGGAUGAAUGCUCACUCUCACGAGGUGAAACUGAUAGAAACACCUGUCAAGUCGCUGCAGGCGGUCAUUCGAGGAUCGAUUGCCCGCCAAAACUUGUCUCAGAUGAAGGUUCUGCUCGACAACGAAGCAUCCAAAAUUGUCUGUAUUCAAUCAACUGUUAGGGCUCUGAUUGCCAGAGAACGCCAAACUUUGCUUCUCCAGGCACUAGAAGAAACCGAAAAUGAGUGUGCUGCACUGCAAGCUAUCGCGCGGGCCGCUGCCGUAAGGAAAAACACAUCAGGCAUUCGCGCCGAGCUUGCGGAACAUUUGUUGCCAGUAAUCGACCUGCAGGCAAUACUCAGGGGACAGGCUUUGAGAGAAUCAUUGGAUGUCCAGAGGACUGCAUUGCUCCAGCAAGAACCUUCCAUUUUGGAACUACAAUCCCGAUCCCGUGGCGUCAUUCACAGACAAUAUCUACUUGCAGAGCGACAUGAACUGGACCAACAGGAACAUGCCAUUGUUGAUCUGCAGGCCCUUGCCCGUGCUGCUAUCUCACGAAUAGAGGUGGGCGACAUAUUGUCUCGCCUUGAGGAGAAUGAGGAAGAAAUUGUUCAACUCCAAUCUUUAGUUCGGGCAAUGCUCGCGCGAGUUGAAGUUGGCGAGAUCCUGACUGAUCUUGAGGCAGAGGAGGACUUCAUCACGGACUUCCAAGCACGCAUCAGAGGACUCAUUAUCUGCAACCGCUUUGAGGAAAGACGUCAACAUUAUAAUGAAAACAUGGAGAAGGUCAUCAAGGCCCAGAUCAAGGGCUUCGUGCAUCUUCUCAACGACAGCGAUUUCGACUUUGACGAAGAGAUUGAGUUCGAGCGCCUGCGAAAGGUGGUUGUUCAACAAGUGCGGCAGAACGAGCUUGCUGAACAAUACAUCAGUCAACUUGAUAUUAAGAUUGCCCUCCUUGUCAAGAAUAAGAUCACUUUGGAUGAAGUCGUCAAGCAUCAAAAGCACUUCGGUGGUCACAUCGGCAACUUGCUAUCCAACACCGAGAUUUCUUCCAAGGAUCCCUACGAUCUCAAGGCCCUUAACAAGACCUCAAGGAGAAAGUUGGACCAGUACCAGGUGUUUUUCUUCCUCCUUCAAACCCAAUCACAGUACCUGGCUCGCUUGUUCCGGCGAUUGCGCGAGAUUAACACCUCGGACAAGGAAUAUGAGCGGAUCCGGCACUUGAUGAUGGGUCUCUUCGGAUACUCCCAGAAACGACGCGAGGAAUAUUAUCUCAUUAAGCUCCUGGCACGAUCCGCCAAGGAGGACAUUGAAAGCUUCACAUCUCUUCCUGAAUAUUUGCGCUGCACCUCUUUCUGGAACAAGCUUUUCGCCUCAUAUGCCAAGUCGUCACGCGACCGGAAGUUUAUGCGCGACGUCCUGGGACCUGUCGUAAAAGAGUCUGUUAUCGAAAACCCAGACCUUGAUUUGGAGAGUGAUCCGAUUCAAAUAUACCGUUCCGCGAUCAACAACGAAGAGCUCCAAACUGGCCAACGGAGCCGCCGACAACCGGAUCUUCCCCGCGAAGAAGCGAUCAGAGACCCCGAAACCAGAGAGACAUUCAUUCAACAUUUGCAAGAUCUUCGUGACAUUGUUGACCAAUUAUUCUUGGGCCUUGAAGACUUCCUGUACCGUAUGCCAUUCGGUAUCAGAUAUCUCGCACAGCAGAUGUAUCAAAAUCUACUCGAGAGGUUCCCUGGCGAGGACCCAGGAUCCGUUCUUCAGACGGUUGGCCACUGGGUAUGGAAAAGUUACUUCCAGCCUGCUGUGCUGGAGCCAGAGAAGUACGGCGUGAUCGAUCGGGGCCUCACCCAAGAACAAAAGCGGAACCUUGGAGAAAUAUCCAAGGUUGUCGCGCAGAUUGCAUCUGGGAGACUCUUUGGGGCAGAGAAUGUCUAUCUCCAACCGCUCAACAACUACAUUGGAGAGUCAAUCCAGCGCCUAGGACGUCUCUGGGGUCAGAUGAUCUCAGUCCAGGAUGCAGAGUCUUAUUUCGACAUUGAUGAAUUCAACGAUCUCUAUGCCAAGGCCAAACCUACUCUGUACAUUAAGAUGUCUGACAUCUUCUCGAUUCACCAGCUUGUGGCGUCUGAAAUUAACUAUAUGUGCCCCCAUCCUGAUGACUUCCUCAAGGAACUUGUGCGAGAACUCGGCAAUGUCAAGAGUAACGAGAACGAAUUGAUGGGCGUCAGCUCUACCGAGAUCAAUCUCACAUUGAACCCCAAGUUGGCCCAGGUUGAAGAUCCCGAAGCAGACGUGAAGGCGCUCUUCAUGGAGACUAAACGCUGCAUCCUCUACAUUAUCCGAGUCCAAACAGGUUCCAACCUAAUGGAUAUCAUGCUCAAGACACCGACAGAGGAGGACGAGGAGCGGUGGCACAAUUUGGUUCAGGAAGAACUGAGCACCAGCAGCCCUCGCCGAGGCGCCUAUUCUGAAGCCAAUAGCCUAAUUGACAUUAGCUCUAUGAGCUAUUCCGAGCUCAAGGGCAUUGCACUUGAAAACAUCCUUCGGCUUGAACAGAACGGCAAGAUCAAUCGUCACAACCAUUAUCAGGAUUUGUUGAACGCCAUCGCCAUCGAUAUCCGCACCAAGCACCGUCGGAGAAUUCAGCGAGAGCGCGAACUGGAGGGUGCUCGGCUGACCUCUCAGAGGCUCAGCGGCCAAGCCGUCUACCUAGACCAGCAACUCAAGACAUACAACGACUACAUUGAACAGGCCAUGAUCACGUUACAGAACAAGAAGGGAAAGAAGCGAUUCCUGAUGCCGUUCACCAAACAAUGGGAUCAUCAACGAGAGUUGCAAAAAUCCGGCAAGAUAUUCAAAUUCGGAUCCUACAAAUACUCCGCGCGCACUCUGGCGGACCGAGGUGUUCUGGUUGCCUGGAAGGGCUACUCUGAGCGGCAGUGGGAUCGGGUCGACUUGACCAUCUCCAGUAACGAAGUUGGUGUAUUCACCAUCGACGGGAGCAGCGGUGUCAUGAUGAUUCCCGGCGCCAACGCACAGGUACCGCUGGAUGACUUGCUGCAGGCUCAGUUCAACAACACGCAAUUCAUGGACUUCUUUGAUGGUCAGAUGCGAGUCAAUGUCAACCUUUUCUUGCAUUUGAUCAUGAAGAAGUUCUAUAACGAGUGA